ACCCCGUCACAGUUAACGAAGUCUUAAGUUUUUAACGGACUUUUUGUUUCUACCUCCCCCCGUGGGGGAUACAACGCAUGUCAACGGCUUUCGGUGUAUGUAGAACGAAAAAAAAAACCUGAAGCUUCCUUUCCAUUUUACUGGUACGAAAACGUUUACAAAAACAUUAGCAAGAGAGCGCAACAACACAAGUUGCAUCGGUUAGCAGUUUUAAGGCAUAAUACUCGGGCUUUGGGCCUGUUUGUUGUACCUCGCCAUUGCAUUGGCUGCUCGAUAUGCUUGAGGUGUGUGUGUGCGUUGUUGAUGUGAAAAUCUACCUUGAGCAAAACUGGCCAACGACUGUACUGUACCGGUCAUCAGUUUUACCCGCUCGGUUACCAUUUGCCGGGAAAUUCCUCACACCCUUGUACCCGGGCUCUAUACCCAUCAAGCCAACACGCAGAAAAUGAACAGAAAAUGGUUUCAUAUAUAAAUUGAGGAAAAAUUAUGCUUAGGCUAUCAGUUGACGGUUGACCAUCAUUUCGACAGCACCUUCGAGCAAGUGUGAUGAUCGAUCAUCACACGAUCGGAUUUGGUAUUCUUGAGCCGGUGAGCUAAAUAUGGCAACCAAAAGUGGUUGGAUGGAGUGUAGUGUGGUUGUUGGUGUCGUGUUUAAACAGUUCCAGCUGACGGCUUAGGGCGAAUGUCGGAGUAGUCGCUUGUGGUAGAAUUGACAAAAAGUGACUAGACCGAACACUCGUAUCCUAAAUCGUCGAGAAUUCGACAUUUAAGCGUUUGUGUUGGAAAGUGAAGUGUGAGUGAAUAUAGAAAUAGAGAGAGAGAGAUAGAUAGAUAGAAGGAGAGAGAGAGAGAGUAUCAAGUGUUGAAAGUCUGAAGGAACUCCCGGUGUGAUAUGUGUUACAGUAAAGCGUAAACAGCUCAUAUCACAGCAGUAGUUACCUACUAACUUUACACUUUCAGGCUACGCUUUGCAAGUAAGGUGCAGUUUUAGUGAAGAACUUGGAGUCAGAAACCUAGGGCGUCUAUAUUGAAGGAACUUCUGCUGUGAUCUGAGUUACCGAUCAUAUCACAGUAGUUGUACUUUAAUGUCGACGUAUCCAUUAGCAGCAAAGACAAAGGUUGGGAAGCUCAGGAGCUGGUGUACUAACUGGUGAUAUAUAUUCUGUGAAGUAACUGUGACUAAGUGAUCGUCAGGACAACCAUAUGUCCACAUGCGUUAUGCGACUAACUUCGUUCAGGUGAUGUUCAUGUACAAGAUCUCAUCACUGGGCAAAGUUUGUCGCAUAAACUAUUUCCAAUCGCUACAACAUCAUCAACAUAGCAGUCGCUUAAACAAAAGUGAUAAGAAAAAAGCGUUCUUAAGGUUAAAUAAAGGGUUACAUUAUGUGUGUGUGUGUCUCUUGACAUUUCCAAACACUAAUUAUCGAUAGUCUUUCAUUUCAGGUUCAACCGUUUUUAAGAUCCAUCCGAAAACAAUAGCUCAAUAAUGGAGUCACGCUAUUCACUUGACGUUUCAUGCACGCAGGAGUUGUAUUAACACGCAUUGAUUAUGUCUCGUCAGCGUAUUGUAUAGCGCACCUUCGUUGAUGUAUGGAGGAGAUUUUUCUCACCAGCACCAGUGUCAAAGGUUAGUUCGUUGGAGUCGAUGUCAAAUUAUAGGAACCGAUUGUUUGUGCUCUAGGCUCGUCGCCAAACAAUAACUUUGCCGCGUGUACGUGUAGGUUGUGGAACCCCGACCACGAUUGGCGGCUAAUUUCGUAUGCAAAACCAAUUUCCUUUUUGUCGUCAGCGUUACGAGAUAGAGAUGCUGGAGAACGGGUGGAUAGAAAUCUGAACGGACCCGCUGAUGAUGAUGAUCAUGGUGGCGGUCUCGUUAACGUUGGCGGCGUGAUACUAAUUUACUUCUAACUCAAUAAGCACCCUCUCCAGAAGGGGUUGGCGGUUUGACACCAAGUUCCAGCAACAGGUGCAGUCAAUGCACUGCAAGGCCAUCCCAUACACGUAUAUAUUUUUUCUAAAGUGCAUCCUGAGUGUCGGAUGCAACGGACUAGGCGCGCGUAUGAAUAUUUCUUUUAUUGCUUAAAGCUAGAAUUCCUAAGAACGCCGGAUUAUAGGUUGGUUUUCGCUUGCCAAGCUCCAUUUCCCGCCACUACGUGCAGAUGCCAAGCCGCAUAUAAACCGUGGCUUUCAUUCAUCGGGCCCUUCCCCAACUACUUCACGGCCAAGGCAGAGGAGAAAUGGUUUUUGGUGAGCAUGCGUAUUACGAUCGUACCGUGUGUUGGUGUUCGGGGUGCACAGUUGGAUGCUGGAUUGGAUGCCACUUUGGUGCCGCUUGUUCCACGAUCGUGGUUUCAGUUUCGUGACAGCAGUCCAAGCGCGUGGAGGCUAUCACAACAUCGCGAACUCCGCACUUUGGAGCUUGGUGAAUCGCGGGUGCGUGGCCGUUAGACUUUCGAGUUUAAAUCUUACGUCGAAGGAAUUCAAAUCUAAAUCGUACCGUGUGUUAGUGUGUGGGUGCAUCUUGCAUUUGCAUUGAUCACGAUUCUCACGUCUCACGUCUUCAAUUAGCAACUAGCCCGUACGGAAUCAAUCAUGUGUGAGAUUCCAUUUGAUUUACAGUGCCACAAGAAAGAAAGCUAAUUUUCCAAGGAGAAAAAAUUGUACUCCACUGCCACUGUGCUUGUGAGUUCGAGCGAAUUGUUCUAGCUAGUAAGAUUUGCAGUGUUUCAUGAUUGUUCCCCUGUGUUUAGAGCAAAACUAAUAGCAAAUCCCUAUUCGGUCAGGAUUACACUGUUGGAUGUACAGUUCUUGUAUGUGUGCAAGUGUUUUUUGGUGUCUGCGUCAUGUUAAACAGUGUACCGCACGCGAUACAUAAUGGCAUUGUCCCUGAUAAUUACGUGUGUGGUAAUACUGAAUUCCAGUAGACAGAUGCGAGUGAGUGGUUUGUGCAGUAGUAGUAGUUGUAGUAGUUAAUGAGAUUUGGUUUUUGUUUGGGUUGUACUUAAUGCAUCAAGUGCAUCACUUUUCGCUCGAGUGUCGAUUAACGUUAGAGUACAACAAUAAAAUCAAAGUUCAUCUGUUUAAAAUUAAAAUACAACGGAUCACAGUGAGCUUGAAGGCCUAUCGCGAAGCGUACAUUCCACAUCCAUCUGAAUGAUCUGUAGGACAUUCCCUAAUUCUACUACAAUUCGUAGGAUACAGCCAUCGGAAGCUUAGCAGUCUUUUCACCAAAAAAAACCCUGAUUUUAUUGUCGAAUGAAUUGUCCGAACGGGACAAACGGUUUGUUCGUUUCUGUGUCUCUGGUGCAUUGCAUGGUGUAAGCAAAUCUUCAGCGCCAUCCCAACAUAUUGCGAAACAAAACAAAAAAAUCCUGUGAUAGUCAGCCCCCCUUAGGGUACAACAAUGGGCACGUAUCGGCGUAGCUCUUGGCACAAAAGUUGGCACCAUCGGUCAACCAUGUACUGUGCCGCUUCGUGGACGUUCUGGGCCAAGUUGAUGCUGAUUCACGUCAGCUACAUAUCGAUCGGUGCGGUACGGAACGGGGACUGGGCGGUGAUGAGCAGCAACGAGUGGCGUCCACCGGAACCAAACCCAUGGUCACCGUUAGCCGGAUCCGCUGACAGCUCGGUGACAUUGUUGACAAGUUCGCUAGAUCAUGCCGCUCAAAGCGGUAGCUCAUCCGCCCAGCUAAGGUUGGACCACGAGAUGUACGGCAGAACACGCGUCGAGGUGGCUGAUGCCAUACAUCCGACGGUUGGCUUACACUCAACCGUGACUAGCGUCUACCAGCGCAGGCAAACUGGCCCAACGUUACCCACUACGGUGGAAAAACAUUUCCUGUUCCGGCGUGAUUUGAGUCAAGCGCCAAGUACGUCACUACAUCAUACAUUACCGCGUGUUGGGGCGUGGGUAGACAAUGGACCCGGCACCAUUUGCCAAGAUCCUGGAUCGAUGGACGGAAAUUGCACUACAAACCGGGAGCGGCCACCAACACUAAUGAGCAGGGCAAGCAAUACCACCAACUCGGUUAGUAGCGCUGAGGACCUGCUCGUACCAUUUCCACCGAACCGUAACAACACCGCGAACGAGUCCGCGUUCAGCAUGGUGAAGGAGUUGGAAUUAGCCACACUCCAGCCACCGCUGGAUGGCAAUCAGACCGCCCACAGUAACCCGGCCGUGAAUCUAAACGACCACAAUGACGCCCUGUGUGACGACGAUUCCGAUCAGAUGGAGUACAACGAGAACUGCUUCAUCGAUCACAACGUUACUUGCGUCGGGGAUCCGGACUUUUGCAAUCUCACAUACAGCGAGUACCGACAGCUGCUGAUGGAUUAUAUCUACCCUUCGACGGGCGAAUGGAUUCUCAUUGCCUCGCACACCGUUGUCUUUCUCAUGGGUUUGGUCGGAAAUGCACUGGUAUGCAUAGCGGUUUACACCAACCAUACGAUGCGCACCGUCACAAACAUCUUCAUCGUCAACCUGGCCGUGGCCGACUUCUUCGUCAUACUGUUCUGUUUGCCACCGACCGUCGUGUGGGAUGUGACGGAAACGUGGUUCAUGGGGAAGGCGAUGUGCAAGGUGGUAAUCUACUUUCAGACCGUAUCGGUGACAGUUUCGGUACUAACGCUGACAUUCAUUUCGAUCGAUCGAUGGUAUGCGAUAUGCUUUCCACUGCGCUACAAACCGAGACCCGAACGUGCCUGGCGCUCAAUUGCCCUCAUUUGGCUCAUUGGCUUCCUGUCGGACCUGCCCGAAUUCCUGGUACUGACAACGAGACGCAAAAAGUUACGCUUCGACAUCAAACUUUUCACCCAAUGUGUCGCAACGUGGGACAACGAGACGGAAAAAACUUUCUACAUCUUCAAGUUUGUGCUACUCUACACGGUACCGCUUCUAUUCAUGACCGGAGCCUAUUUCCAAAUCGUUCGCGUACUGUGGCGCUCGGACACCAUACCCGGCCAUCGGGAAUCCCGCAAUCAGCCGUGCGGCAUUCACAGCACCAGGACGACACUCAAUUGUGUGGGUAACACAAGCACCAUGGGACAGCUGCGUGCACGCCGGAAAGCGGCAAAAAUGUUAGUAGCCGUGGUGAUCAUGUUCGCCGGCUGCUAUUUUCCAGUGCACAUGCUAAACGUCGCAAGGUAUACAAUCGAUAUUGGACAGAGUGAUAUCGUGGCUGUGCUAUCGUUAUUUUCUCACUGGCUCUGCUACGCAAACAGUGCCGUUAACCCUGUGAUCUACAACUUCAUGAGCGGCAAAUUCCGGCGCGAGUUUAAAAAUGCACUGGAAAAAUGUCGCUGCCUGAGAAGCUCUCAUGCGUACGGUGGCCGUGUUGGUGGUUACGAUGAUCGUUCACUAUGCCAUACGGCAACGCGACUGAACGUGAGCCCCAGUACGAGAAGCAAUUAUCAUUUGGCCAGUGUAAGAGAUGCCAGAUUUAAGCAACACACCCAGCAGACAUCGUUCAACGGUAGCCGACAUCAGCAUGGUCGCAACAGCAUCAAUCAUCCCGGCAGUCUACAACCACAAAUCUCGCCAAUCUCCGUCGAGGAACGGCUGGCGCUCACCAAAAGCUUGGACGGUGAAACCCUUCAGCUGACAGGACGGAAAAAUUCUUCCACCCUUAUCGGAAAUAAUGGCAACGGCCUCGGGCAUGGAAAACCCACCAGCAACGGUAAUGGAUCCGGCAAUGGGAAUCAGUCGUUGCUACAUCAGCACCACCACCACCAUCAUCAUCAUCAUCUUCGCUCGCAUCAGCAACACCACAAACAGCACGGCGAACAAAUGCUACCAGAUGGGGACGCUAUGGUCAGUGAAGAUGUGGCACAGGACCAAUCCGGCACCGGUCCAACGACCAUGCUAAUGAUAGUGAAUAAAUCGAGCAAUUGCAAAAUCGGUGGCACUUGACAGGCAAAGCUGCACGUGUCUUGGCGCAAACCACGCCCGGACAGCAAACCCUGGACACAGGUGCAGUAGGAUGAAGCUGUUGCUUUCUUCACUAUACCCUGCCAAAGACGACAACCGGGAUCGGGAGAGGCAAAACUUACUAGUUUUUUUUUGCGCUUUAGAUAGUAUUCCAAAGAUGUAGGAUAACAGGGAAGUAAAUGUAAAUUAAAUAUGACACCUUCAUGGUCGGAUGGUCGGUGAAUGUUUCGUUGAAUCGUACAGAUGAAAGGAUUAUGAAUGUACGCCAACUAGUAGCACACGAACGAACGAACGAAACUGAUUGCCACUAACUCCAUAAAACCAUCAAUUAACUACUUGUUGGAGUAUCAUCUACGGUCAGGACUGUACCGACCACAGUAACUAACUUGAGGGAUGAUUAAUCGUGUUAAAUUAUUUUAGUUUGCCGCAAACCAAUAUCUACCAAACAUCCCAAUUAUCCCGCUGACUGCCUAGUUAAGUACCUGGUGAAGCGAUAUUGUACCUGUCGGAUGAUACUCUCACAACAUAGUUUGUUGCACCGAAUGCAUCUCAAUCGAUACACGCGAGCACUUCGUAAUGUACUUCCAAAUCGAUUGUGAUGGUAUUCCUACCAAUUAAUAGUGUAUUAUGUGGUACUCUCAAACCAUGUUGAAUGAGGUUGCAGAAUAGGUUCAAGAGAGAGAAAGAGAGAGAGAGAGAGACGAAAAGUUAUGCAGUUUGUCCCUGAUGGGCAAAGGGAUAAGCCGCACAACUGAUAAAGUGUUAAACAAAUCAAAUCGCAAACUAAGCGUAUUUUGAAUCUACUUGGAAAAGUUUAAAAGUAAAAGUAUGUAAAAAAAACACGAGAACUAUCAAUCAUUUGUUAUUACACUCGGUGUGACAAAGCUCGAACAAAACGAAGAAGAAAAAAAAGAGAUGAUACGAAAUUCUUGUAAAUAUUGUUAUAGUCAAAUACAUUCGUGUAAACGAUUACCUGCUGUAUAAAAUGAUGAUCUAACUAUAUGCAAAGAAGUCAAUAAAAACUUACGACUCCACAGACCAUCAAUGUGAAGGAACUGGCGUGAAAGGAUGAAA